AAAAAGACCCAAUAAUUAACAACAUAUUGGUAAAAAAUGGUGGCGAAAGAUAAACAAGCAGCGAAGAACAAUUUGUUCAACUGUGUAUGUGCUUGAAAAUCGCUGUCAGCGGAAAAAAAAAAAAUAAUAAUCACCGCAGUUCUCUUGUAACCGAAGCGGAAGACUAUCAGAGAGAUCUGAGCGAGAAGAAAUACAAGGAUUUGGUUGAUAUUUACAGUAAACUGGUUUAUAUAACUUCGGCAAUCUCGUUAGCAACCGAACGGCCUUUGGAAGAGUUAGCAUUGCUAGCGGGAAGUUAGCUAAGCUAGCUAACAGUUUUGCUAAGCAGAAGCUCGAGCGGCUUCCAGGAGCCGAGCGAACGCGACGUUUUUAUUGUUGGUUUGUUUUAUUUUUUAAAAUUACGGUUUGUUUUUGGUCGCGUUUCGAGGUGUCUAAAACCAGCAGCAAUGGCUUGUGGAGCUACACUGAAGAGGACGAUGGAUUUCGACCCUUUGCUGAAUCCCGGCUCGUCGAAAAGGAGGAGAUGCGCCCCGGUCUCGCAGUCCUCAGCCCCGAGGAGUUACCUGCGUCAUGAGCCGAGUCCUUUCAGCCAGAUCUCCGUCUCUCUCACCACAGAGCAAAUCCUUCAUAACAUAAAGCAAGAAUACAAGCGCAUGCAGAAGCGGAAGCAUUUGGAUGGAAGUUUUCAGCAGCCUGAGGCUUGUUCAGCUUUUAUGUCUCAGUCUCACGCCUCUCUUCUGAGUGGGUCCAGUUUCCAAGAGACAUCCUCUGGAGCCGUUUCACCCACAAGAAGAGAACAGCCGCUGUUCACUUUAAAACAGGUCGGCAUGCUGUGCGAACGCCUUUUGAAGGAACGUGAAGAUAAAGUCCGAGAAGAAUAUGAGGAGAUCAUGACAUCCAAAUUGGCAGAACAAUACGACACCUUUGUGAAGUUCACACACGAUCAGUUAAUGCGGCGAUUUGAGGAACAGCCUGCUAGCUAUGUAUCUUGAGAUCACGACGAUGCUGCGUGCUGCAGUUUACUGAGCUGAAUGUCCGCUGAUUCCACCGCAGACCUGGUUUGAAAUGAAACCGCUCCAGUGUCACUCAUGCUGACAGAGGCUGUCUUUAGAAUUUGUCAGUAUCUAUUAUUGUUCCUUGUGAACCUGGGUGCUUCCUCUUGUAAAUGUAUACGGACCUUGUAUGUCUGUUUAUUCUACCGGUGGCCUACAUAUAAUCUGUAUUAUGAGCCUUUUCUUGCAUUCCACGAUGUAUCAAUAGAGAUACUGCGAUGCUUUAUUUUCUGGACAUUUCUCAUGUGCUGCAUAGACAUUAGCGUAUGGAUGGAAAUCCAAAAUGUUGAAUACCUCUUUGUGAGUAUUCCCAGAGUGCUGCACAGCUUACAGUCUAUCCUUCUUUAAAAAGUUUGAUAGAAAAUGUGUUUUCACGAGCCAAACCAAGUGCAGCCAGAAGACGAAACUUCACACCAUUGUUGGUUUUGACUGGGACUAGAUAAAGCUGUUCUGUACUAUACACUGAGCUCAUGAAAUGUUGCAUCAGUCAGUUAGAGCUUUCGUUGGUUUUAUUUUUGCUUUCCUUUGUACUUGUAUAGACCCAAGGUGUCGUUCUCCAGUCAUGAAGGGUCACGGAAUUCAGUGUUUAGGGAUUACCUCAGAUAAGACCCACAAUUCAACUCCUUAGCUCAUUACCAGAGCCUUCAUGGGCUGAAUCUGGUGUGACGGAUUUAAGAUCGACACCGCGGUAUACAUGAAAGCAUUUUAUUAAUAAAUACUUGUGUGUACAUAA